GCUGUGAGCUGUGGGGCACGGUUGCUGUGGGGCUCAGCCUGUGCUGUGAGCUGUGGGGCACGGCUGCUGCUGGGGUUUUGGGUUACGGGUGCUCCUUGGCUUGCAGAGCAGUGGGAACUGGAACAAGAGCAUGGGGAUGUGGUCAGGUUCUCCUGUGUUCCUUGUGGAAAGGGGUUCCUGUUUCUGAGAGCACAGGGUGCAUCCAGGACACCUGGUCCCUGCCACAGGGAUUGUCUCAAGCGCUUGGGAGCUGCUCUGUGCAGCCUGCUCUGUGCUUUGGGCUCCCACUGCGGGUCGUGCCAUUCUGUCACAACACGAGUUAGAGAUGGUGCAGUUUGAACCUGGCCCUGGGAAACACAGAUGACGUCCUGCCUCUGCAAGAAGGAGCUGAGAGGAUGCAAUGUGGAACACACCAUGCAGUCUGGGAUGUCCUCCAGCUCAGUCUGGGCAGGCAGCAAGAAGCACAGCUUAAGGAAAUUUUUUUGUGUAGGAUCUGCAGGCUGUUAGCCAGCAGAAAGGACCGGCUCAGCGCUGGGUUGUGCUGGGUCAGCAUCUUUGAGAGCUGGCACAUUUCAGCCGCUUGCUCUCUCCUAGGCUCUAAAUGUCCAGCUCUGCUGUAGCUUGUUGUCUGCACCCUGCUCGGGGCUUGUUUGAGUCCCCUGUAUGUGUGGCCGUCGGCUCUGGCACCUCCCUGCUGCCUGGUUCCUUGCGUUUGUGGUGCUUCACACAUGGUGUUUGGCCCAGCCACCUCAGUGCCAUGAGCCCUCCAUCUGCUGCACUGCUGAGGGCAGAAGCCCCGUGUACCCCCCGAGCCACAGGACUGUGGUCGCUGAGCUACGAGCAGGAGCUCACCACGCCGCUGCUGAUCACGGCGGGCCGGGGCUACGCGGCCUGCCUGCGGCUGCUGCUGCUGCGCGGCGCCGCCGUGGACUUCGCCCCGGGCGGGCGCACGGCGCUGCACGCGGCCUGCGCCGCCGCCGCCGCCGCCUGCGCCCGCCUGCUGCUCCGCGCCGGGGCCGACCCCGAGGCCGUCUCCGAGGAUGGCCACCGGCCCCUGCACCUCUGCACGAGCCCCGACUCCAUCGAGUGUGUCCGGCAGCUGCUGCAGCACGGUGCCAGUGUGAACAGUCAGACGGAGGAGGAGAAGGACACAGCGCUGCAUGUGGCAUCACGGCAUGGCCUGGCAGAGCACGUCCAGCUGCUUCUGCACCACGGGGCAGAGUUGGAGGUGAGGAACAAGGAGGGGCAAACACCGCUGAAUGCUGCCUGUGCUCAGCCCCAUCAGCCCCAGGACAUGGACCGAUACUACCGGGUGUGCCAGCUGCUGGUGGAGAGCGGUGCCAGCAUCAACGCCGAGGAUCGCGACCGGCAGCACCCGCUGCACCUGGCCUGCAAGAAUGCCAACGCUCAAAUCGCAGAGCUACUGCUGGCCCGGGGUGCCAACGUCAAUGUCAUGAACUACGGUGGCAACACGGCCCUGCACAACAUCCUGCAAGUGGCUGCCUACAAGCGGGAGCACCACCCGGAGCUGGUGGUGCGGGCGCUGCUCAACCACGGAGCCGUCCGCAUCUGGCCAGGCUCCCUCCUCAAGGUGCUGCGGGUCUGCCACAGCUGCCCGCGGGUCAUCGAGGCGCUGGUGAACAGCUACAGCCACGUGCGCGUCUCCGAGGACUGGCUGGGAGCAGUGCCAGCAGAGGUGGUGCAGAAAUACCCCUGUUUCUACCAGUCACUUUUCUCCCUGGGGCAUGGACCUCGCUCCCUGCAGCACCUGGCUCGCUGCACACUCAGGACCCUCCUGGAGGGCCGGCUGCUUCAGGUCCUGCCCCAGCUGCAUCUGCCAAGUGCCCUGCACAAGUUCCUGCUGCUCGGCUUCGAGGACGUUCUCUACUAGGGGUGGCAGUUCCAGUCCUGCUGUGCCUUUCUGUGCGGAUGUUCCACCUCUGCCAAUGCAGUCUGUGCUUCUGCAGCUACCCCGUUCCCCUCACCCCACUCCUGCCUGGCCACAUCAGCCCCCUGUGCCAAGCCUGCUGCUGUGUCCCAGUCCCAACCAGCCUUGUGCUCUGCAUCAUGCACCUGUUUUGGGGUGUUCUCCUUGUCCAUACUAAUCCAGACAGACUCCAGACUAACAAAAGGAGGUAUGGGAAUUAGGGAAUUUUGCGGUUCAAGGAGCAAAGACACAGCAUGGAUCGCAGCCUUAGUAGUAGGGUACCAGUUUCCCUAUCCCAAAUCCAAAUACUCCAGACUGUACUAGGCACCUCUGGCGCCCUGGAUGAUUGCUGUGGACCUGUCUUUAGUCAAAUUGCUUGGUGUGUACCAAAAGGUGUUUGGAAUAAAUCCUGUUCUUUAUACCCACCC